UGAUAAAUAUGACGAGGGCCUAUCAGAAUUCUGUCUGGACGUGGCAGCAAUGUGUCCAAUUCGGGAUAAAUUUUUUCGCUAGUAAAUCUAGUAACUUCGAAGUACAUACAAAAAUUAUCGACGUAGGGAAAAUAAAAAUAGCGUUUGAUUGUCCAAUCACAAUAAAAAAAUCUUUGCUCCUUUUGUUCUUAUCGGUCAAUUAAAAGUUAUUCUACCCCACGGAUAAGAUUUUCGAACGCACUCAUUAUAUAAGUUCUAUGUUGGAAACUUAUUUCCAUAGAUAUAUAUAUCUAUAUCCUACAUGUCUAUGAUUAUUUCCAAAAAGAAACAUACGGGGUUAAUUUAACCUAAAAACAAGUCUUGAUUCUGUUAUUUGUGCUUAUAUCGAACAAACGUAUAUAUAUAUAAUAACAUGGCUAAAGAACGCGGCGUCAUCAAAAUGAUUUGGAAUAGUUUUGUGUCUUCGCUAAAGCCUCAAUUCGCUCGUCGUAAAUUAGUGGGCGAAGAUUACUAUGGCACAAAAUAUUACGAGGAGGAUAUUCGCAAUUCCAGGCGUCCCAGAGCUCCUCGAUAUUUCAUACCGGUAAACAAAGAUGAUUUUGAUCAAGAACUGCCCGCUGAAUGGGAAUCCUGGUUAAGAUAUCGUAGAAAUGAUCCACCUACGCGAGAAGAAGUUGAAGCUAACUAUCGAUUAGCGAUGACCAAGAAAAAGAAUGCAGCAAAGCUUUUAGAAGAAAAUUAUUCCAAGGAUGAAAAAUCUUCUAAAGAUCUUCCUAUUCAACAGUCUGCUUCUCAACCUUCCAAUCCAGGAAAUUUUCCAGUUUAUGAAGAGUAUAAAAAUUUUGGUAGCAAUUACGUACCAAAAGAUUCAUAUAAGUAUUGAGAACAGAAAAUCAAUUAAGAUAUAGCAACAAUCCUAGAGCAAAACUAUAAAUUAUUAUAUAGUUAUGAAAUAAAUAUUUGACAAAGCUUUACAUUAUUGGAUAUUUCAAGAGAUCAUUAUAUUACAUAAUAUGGAUCUUGUAAAGCUGGUAUAUGUGUAUAUACAAUAUUAUAUAUAUAUGUAAAACAA